CGCUCUCUUUUCUUCUAUAACAGUGAGCGCUCGGUUCCAGCUGGGUGAGAGAUGUACCAGGACUGACGCACUCUUGUAACGUCGUGUUUCUAUACCCUCUUACCCCCCCACUACAUAUUUGUUUACAGCCCUGUGUCCAACACAUUCAUCCACGGACCUGUGCUGGUGUGUUCUAUUCUCUGGAAAUAUACAUUAACAAAGGACAUUCUUUAGGCGGUGCGUAUAGCCAAUAGUGCAAUAGCCCUCGGUUGUUACUGUGGUGUGUGUAGUGCUAUUUUAAGUAUUUAGACUUGUUCCGUUCAGUUACUGUGCUCAUUCUGGGUGUCUAAACUGUGUAUUUCUUGUGUGCUAGAUUAACCAUCGCUGGAAUCUCAUCAUUGCAUCUAAACUCAAUCAUCGACAUUUCUAUUUGCAGUGAGUUAUUGGUUGAUGUUUGAUUCACAUCAUCUGGACUGCCACCAAAUGUUGCUCGAGUGCCGACAUUAAGUACUCACGCCCUGACGUUACGUUGUUGAAGUUGUCACUGACACAACGUCCACUGCCCUAUACACUAGAGAGAUCCCCGUGUAGUGUGUUGGAAUGUUGAACUUCUAAACCACGGAUUACACGUGUCACGGCUACUUACCUGUGUUUGUGUGGGUCAUUCAGUACGCUCAUGUGUGUGGAUAGUUCAGAUGACGAUCAAGUCUAUGUAACAUGAGGUCACGUGGUUAUCUCCUCGGAGAACGUCAGUGUUUACGGGAGGAGACUACCCGCUGGCGCAGUUCGUCUGUUGGGAGAUCACGGUGAACGAAGCAGCACCCCCCUCCCGCCUUCUGUGACGUCAGAACGAAUAAAAAAAAAGACCAAAAAAAACGCGAAAUUUACUCCAGCAUUAGUGCGGCGCCCCAAGGCUAGGGAUUGCUACGUCAUAAUACCUUCUAUUUGCCACGCUCCUGGCAUGUGGAUCAGUGGAUUGUUCUGUUUCUGAUGACAUAAUAGAGAGCUACCUUUGGAUAGUAUACACAUCAAAUUAUUUCUGGAUUACCAAGGGAUAUUAUAAACUCGGCUCUGGUCUUCCUCCUGAUUUUAUUGUAGCUCAAGCAGUGAGUCAUAGUUUGGAUUUUACUUGCAAAAUAUUUGACUUUUGGCCUUCAAAACUUAGUUGUUGACACUGUAUUUCUGUUGGGUUUGGGUUUGUUGAAUCCCUUCCUGUACCAGUCUAUACAAAUAAUUAGAACAUAUUGUAAGGGAGAUCAUCUGGACAGGUAGAUGAGCAAAUAGGAUUGGUUCUACAAGAAAGAAGAACAGUUCGUACUCACCAGCAUUGACAAUGGAGAGGUUAUCUUGUCACGGGUCACUGUAUGUUGGGCUAACAUUCUUUGUGCUUUUCGCUCUGGUCAGUGUGACGGCCAACGCGCCAAUGGCUUCAGUGCUGGACACUAGUGGAUGCGAGUCUGUGACCACCUUAUAUGCUUCAGAUUUGAAUCUAAAGGUCUUUCAAGAUGGAGCGUCUCAACCAAAGUAUUACCGGUAUCUGACAGUGGACCCUCAGUCCAACUAUCUCUUUGUUGGUGCCAUGAACCGUCUGGUUGGUCUGCAUUUAAGUGAUAUUCAGAUUGCAUCUCGGAGAAUAAAUCAAGAAUUCCGGGCUAACAGUGAGAGUGUGUUCGCCUGUAGAAUCAAUGGAAAGCUAGAGAACCUCGACUGCCAGAACCAUGUCAGAUACCUAGUGAGAAAUUCUACCAUGGCCAAUGUUUUCUACAUGUGUGCAACUGGUGCAUACAGCCCUACAGCCUAUCAGUUAAAGUUUGAAAAUGACAGAUUCACUAUACUCUCUGAAAGUAUUGGCAUUGGUAUAUGUCCAUUUGAUCCUAAUGACAAUGUCACUGCUGUUCUCAUUGAGAAAGGAUCCAUUGGAGGUAUCCCUGCUUUAUUUGCUGGUGCUGUCACAGAUUUUUCUAAACAUGAUUCCAUCAUCGCCAGAUUACCUACUUACAGACAAGAUGGUUCUUUAGAAGCAGACUAUGUGCGAACAGUGCGCUCUAGGCAUGAUUGGUUAAAUGAACCUCAGUUUGUUGGAUCAUUCGAUGUUGGCCCCUAUGUCUAUUUCUUCUUCCGUGAACAAGCAGCUGAAUAUUCCAACUGUGGAAGAAAGAUUUAUUCCCGUGUAGCUCGAGUUUGCAAGAAUGAUCUUGGUGGAAGCAACCAUUUGAAAAACAUUUGGGUGUCAUACUCCAAGGCUCGUUUGAAUUGUUCCAUUCCUGGAGAAUACCCAUAUUACUUUGAUGAAAUACAGGAUGUCAAAUUUCAUGGUGAUACAUUUUAUGGAUUAUUUACCACCAAUAUUAAUGGUUUACCAGCCUCGGCAAUAUGUGGCUUCACUUUGAUUGAAAUUGAGAAAGCUUUCGAUUCUCCUUUUAAAGAACAAAAAGAGAAACAGUAUAUAUGGCUGCCAGUGCCCCCUGGUGAUGUGCCCACCCCAAGACCAGGCAAUUGUUCAGCUAUUGGUAAAAAUGCCCGUUACUCCAUUGACUUCUUGCCCUUCAUCUCAAGACUGUCCAUGUUGAUGGACAAGGCAGUUGCCCACACUCUGGGAAGGCCAAUAUUUUACAAAGUCAACUCAGUCAUGCAAAGACUGGUGGUUGUCAAAAAUGUAACUGGACCUAGAGAUUUGGUUUUGUUUACUGCCACAAACAAUGGUAUUAUUUACAAGAUAGCUGCAUGGGCUGGAUUAACAGAACUAGACCCACCAAAAACAUAUAUAGUUACUACAUAUGUACCAUUCAAUGACCAGAGAUCAAUCUGGCAACUGGUGUUUCAUGGGUCCUCAAUCUAUUUUGGUACUGACAUGGCAGUGGGUCAGUUGUCAGUGGAGACUUGUAAGAAGUAUAAAAAGAUUGAUUUGUGUCUGUAUGAUCCAUACUGUGGUUGGGCCACUGACUUUGAAGAAUGUGUCUCUAAGGAUGUUGAAAGGAGAAACAAAAUUACCUAUCACCACCUGGACUUAUUGUCAUAUUCUUUAGAGGAAACAAUAAAGAAACAAGUUGGAAAUCUUUACAAUCCAGAGACGUUAUCAAAGACUGCUGGAAGCUCAGUCACCAUGAAGAUUGAGUACAAACUUCACAUCAUUGGCAGUGUCAGGUGGACCAGGAAUGGAACUGGAGUCAGUGGGGACAGACACAUUCUUGCUCAGGACAAUUCUUUGAUUGUGACUGACUUGAGGGUGUCUGAUGAGGGCUCUUACACUGCUGUGGAUAACAAAGGGAGAACAGUAGCCUCAUAUACUCUUGUGGUUGAAACUAGUAAAGAACAAAUAGAACAAAGAUGGAUGAGAAAGUUUGAUCAGUGGUGCGAUGAGUUUGAGAGGUACCAGGAAGACAUUAGGCAAUGGGAACGUAAAUGCUCAUCAUGUUGUGAUGAAACAGCAUUAGCAAACAUUAAGGUGCCUGCCAUAGGAGGUGGCAAAUAACAUGUAGAUGUCGAGGACACUGUCUUCAAGUUUGUGCCUGCCAUUGGAGGCGGCAAAUAACAUGUUAUUGUGGAGGACACUGUCUUCAAGUUUUAUCUUGCUGCCUUACUACCUUUGCCACUUUAACAGAAUCACCAUCACUAACAGGAACCUUCAUUGUCUGCAUUAUAGAGACAGACUCAAGGGUGCUUUUAAAAUAAAAAAGAAAUUCAACUUUUGUAUGUUAAGAAUGGCAAAGAAAUAGUUACGGUUCCUGUCUGAAGAGUGCAGAGCUAUGGCCCUUGUAGCCACUGAAGCACUGAGGUGAUUACAGUUACUAAAUGCAGGCACACUUCUCUAACUGUGAUAGAUGGAUGCCUCUGUUCACCAUUCCUUCAGUUUUAUCUACAUAAUCAUUCAUUGAUGCAACUACAUCUCUACCAGAUAUAGUUUUAAAAAAUCACUAAUCUGCAUUGUGAAUAGUUAACUAACAUAUUGAAUUCAAAACUUGUCAUUCAGUUAUCAAGUUUGAAUUCAGUUUCUUUUCAAUUGAAACUUUAGUUCUGCCUCUGACGGAGCUCUUCAGUACAAAUGAACAAGUGAUGGGUGUGAACUAGACUAUGGAUUGUAGAGAGCUCUAAAUAGAAGACACUUUGAGAAGACAGCUGUCUAAUCAAGUGCUCGCUAUGUCAAAUGCUGUACAAACUUCUUAUCAAACUCUUGUGUGUUUUGUUGCUGAUUUGUAUGAGAAUUAUUACAAAGAGCAUAAACAAUGAAUUAAUAUAUAAAAUAUAUAUAUAUAUAUAUAUAUGUGGUUGUCUACAUAUUACAUAAUAUAUAUAAGUUUAUUAUUUAUAUAAAAGAUAUAUUUUAUUAGUACAUCUGGAGAAUCUGACCUUUUAAAGCAACUGUCAAUCACAAGGAGUGGAUUUUAAAAAGAGAAAGAAAACUUAGAAUCAUCAAGCUAGAAAAACUUGGACAUUAUCAACAGAUUGACAUUCCUCUGCACACAUUAGUGACAAGUCAUUGAAGUAUUCAUAGAAUACUAUUAAUAAAUGUACCUUAUUGACUGGUUCCAAUGGGAUCUAUUUAGAACAAUAAAUAGUUGAAGUGUGUUUUUAGGACGACUACAAAUAUCUCCAUCAAUUAGUUGAAAUCUAUUAACUUAUUCAGAUGUUCCUAAAAAUGAUAAGUUAGAUCAAGACUAUUGUGAUAUAGCUGUUGAGAGUUUUGGUUUGUCUGCUCUGUUCAACUUUCAAAGGCACUAAUUAGGUGCUUGUUGUAUCGCUGGAUUCCACCAGCCUGCUUUGUAUUGUUUACCACUUGUAUAUAUCUCAAAUGGUAUAGAUGUUUCAAUAAAUAACUCAUUUUGUCCUAUUAAUUAAUUGUGUAUAUACUAUAGAAUAUUGAUUGUAUCUCAAAACAUUAGCAGAGAAUUUUGACUACUUGUUUGUUAGCAUCAAUUUAAUAGCUUGCCUUUAAUUAACUGCUUGGGAUGUAAUAGCCAACGUCAAAGAUGCAUAUUUAGUUCAAUAUCACUAAAAUGGUCAUCCCGUGUGUGCUUAAAAACUGUAAUUUAUUGCCUGAAGUCUGUUUAUGUAUAUAUAUAUUCUCCAGAUUAAAAUAGUUUGACAAAUUUUUUUUUACAUAAAAAGAAACAUUGUCUGAUAGUUUAAAAAAUCAAGGCAACAUUUGAAUUGAUUAUUGGAAAUGCCCACUAUUUUUUAAUUGAUAAUAGUAGAUGUACAUGCUCUAAAAAUUAAUGUUCUUUAUUAGCUUCCUGAAUCUCUUUUAUUUAUUAUGAUACAGAACAUUUUCUGAGAUCACAAGAUGAUUUUUUUGAGACUUUUGGUCAUUUGUGUUAAAACAUAUUCUCAGCAUCAUUUAAUGAGAGAAAUGAUCUACAUUUAGAAGGGAUUUUUUUUAUCUUUACCUUUUAGUCUGUAGUUUUAUAAUUUAGUUUAACACAUUAGAAUUUUUUAAUGUUAUGGUCACCAUAUUAAAUUUUUUUACAUUCUUAUAAACUUUUUUGCCUCUAUUUCAAUAACUACCAGUAGUGAAAAUCCUUAAGACUUUUCAAAAAAAACUUUGCCUAUUAAAGUUUAGUAAAUUUUGGUUGUUUAUUUAUUUAUAAGUCUCAAUGUAAAAAUUUAAUAAAAAUAUCAAAAACAAAGAUAGUGAUAAAAAAAGAAAAAAUUGUCCUGGCAUUAAAAACUGAGGUUAUAAAAUGAGAGAGAAAGAAAGAAAUAUAUGAUAUUAACUGUUUCUAUUUGUACAUUCUUUAUGGAUUCUUUGAAAAAAAAAAUUAUUAACAUUGACAGUUAAGUAUAAAGCUUAAAGUUUGCUAAAACUGUCACAAAUGUAUAAGGUGCCAUAUUCAAAUAUUUUUUUUAACUUAAAAAGACUAUUCAGUUUUUCUUCAUUAAACUGAGAUGUUUCAAUUCUAUUAGUUAAGUAAAGUGAAAACAUAAUAUCAACAAUCAGACCAAAUGAUUUCAAUUUAAAUUGCAAACUUUCUUCUAUAAACAAAAAAAAAUGUCAACAAGUAGAUCAAAGUAAAUCUUUCUAAAUAGUAAACCAUCUUUGCUAAUUACUGUUGUGUUUUUAUUGUUGUUUGACCUUCAGCUUUGAACUAUGGAUAAAAUUUCAGAGAUAAUGUGUAUUACUUUGAGAAUAUUUCAUGAAAUUUAUUGUUAUAAGAACAGAUUUUUACAUACACAAAAUAUUAUGUUUAAAAAUAUUUGUUAUAGUCAAUAUUUAAUGUUCUAAUUAUAAAAUUUAAAUUAUUUUUCUUUCAAUGUGUUUAUAAAGAUAAAAUGAACAAUGCAUGGUCUGUAGCUGUAAUGAAUUGAAUGCAAGUAUAUGAUAUAUUUAUGAUUUAUUCACUGGAUGUUUUGAAAAAGCGUUUCUGAAUUGGGAAAAAACCUUCUGUUUCCUUACAGCCCAGCCAUAUUCACUGAGCUUUAUUGUGUUAGUUGGGAUAAAAGGUUUAUUUGGAAUGAUUCUUUUAACACUAACCUGCCUUUGACAAACUUUUUAGUAUUAAAGGUGUUGAUUUUGGUUCAACAAACAUUCAGUGUUAGAGGGUCCAUUAUAGUUUGAAUUGAUAGACUUGAUUAACUUUAAUAGAACUAAGUCAAUAUCUUUAUAUAUAUAUAUAUAUAAGUGGGUUCUAUAUGUUUAGCAGAAAAUUGCACUCAUCAUUAAUUUUCAGAAUCUAAGACAAUUCCUUGAUUUGUUUUACAGCAAUUAUUGACUGAAGUAAAACAUGAAAGGUGUUUGAAGUCUUCACAUCUUAGGAUUCCUUUGUUGUAUAUAAUCAUCACCUGAAGUUUAGAAAAUGUUUUGAAAGUGUUGCUCUCAUAAUAUAUUUUCACCUUCUAUUGUACUUUCUGUCUAUUGUAAUAUCUGGAUAUGUCAUUCCACCCGCUGUCCACUGAAUUCAUUGUUUGCUAAAUUAUAGAAUUUGCUUAAAAACAUGAUGGAGAGUUUGUAUUAUAGUCUACUUUUCCUGUACAAAAUGCAAGUUCUCAGUGUAAAAAAACUGGUGUUUUUGUUAGGUUUGGUUUCACUAUUCUAUGUUGACUUAGUGACAAGUCUUUGAAUUUUGUUUCUUGAUGAUACUAAUGUGUACAUAACAUAUGUAUAUAACCAACCCGUGGUCUUAUGUUUUACAUAAAAUAUUUGUUUUUUGUUUUUUUUUUAAAGUGGAUGAGCGGUUGUAGUUUUGCUUUUGUUCUGAGAUCAAAUUAUUAAUUCAUGUCCAAAAACCUGUUGUCAAAUCACUGGUUUAAGUACUGUAUUGUAUGAAAUUAAAAAUGGUCAAUUAUAUUCCUGA